AUGAUGGACAAACCGCUUCCCAAUGUUGACAAGUUACAACUACCGAAGCUACCGGAACAAAUUCCAGGCUUGGCUAAAGAUCAAAGUCACGAUUACUAUUCACGAAAAGACUUGAAAACAGCACUACAUAUAAUCACUCAAGAGUUGAAAAAGAGAGGCACUAAAACUCCACACAUAUUCCUCCCGUUUCGAUCCAGAGUAGACGAUCGCAAACUAAAUCACUUUUUGACAAAAUUAGCUCCAAAGGGCGUAGUCUCGCGAGACGCAACAAUGGUUAGUGAGCUAUGUAAGGAGACAAACGAGUUUACUCUUAUUUGCAGUUUAAAGUACUUUUGGUCGAGAUUACCAAAUAACGAGAUCAUCGGCAUGGAUGUAUACAAAGAGUUUAAAAGAAAAGAAGAAAAACAGGGAUAUCCCAAGAAUGCAUUUUUAACAAUCAUGCCCAAAUGUUUAUCCUCCCCGGCACAUGCAUCUAUUGUCUAUGACUUUCUCGAUUUACUUUUGAGUGUUAUUGCCAAUUCACAAUACAAUUACCUUAGCGGGAGAAAAGUGAGUCGAAUGGCGAGUUUCUGGGCAUUCAACAGCAACUUGAAUGUACGCAACAAACUGGUGUUUGCUGAUUUCGACAAUGAACAAGAGCACGAUUUCCCUGAAGGGUUGGAUAAUUGGAAAGUGACGACAAUGGCAUUAUUCCACUUGGUGCUAUCGUUUCUUCGCUCAAUGCUUCCUGAGAAUGAUUCAGAAACAUUAAAGCUACCAAAGGCAUUACAAAACCUUCUUGUGACGACUCAGUAUCCACCUGAGGAGAAGGAGAAUCUGCGAAAAGUGGUGGCCGUGCCUUGUAUCUGUGUUUCUACAACGAGGCCCUCGUUAAGCGCAUAUGAUUUGAUUAGCAAAGUACGCCAAAGCCUACCGCUUGACAAGAAAGACGAAUUCUCAAAGGAAAAUUACACCAUUUUGAAAAAUGUGUUUUUAAAGAAAAGUACUAGUGAGGUUGUUGAUACAUUUACACAGGAGUCUACAAGAGUCUUGGAUCGAAUAUCCGAUGAUGGUGUCGAGAAUGAAUUUGGUUUAAGACCCGGAUGGGCAAAACCAACGAUGCUGCAAGCUUCAUCCAGCGAUAAAGGUCUUCCGCUAUUUUCCCAUAUAGUAGUAAAAGAUGUCAUGAUACAAGACUACUAUAUCUGGACAUGGCUUUCCUCGCUAGCAAGUGACCAGCCAGAGGUGCAAAAAAGGACAUUUGGGAGAUCAAUUGUUGUUGAAGCAGACGUUUUGGGAUUCAAGAAAUGGAUUGUGAUUACUGAGAAACUGAUGGAUAAAACAACGUAUACAAAGCUUUCUGGACAACGCAAAAAACAGCAAUACAAGCAGAACAAGAUGAUUAUACACGAGGAGUAUAAAGAUACACCACUACCGCCAUUACCGAAGGAGAUUUCUACUGAGGCACCAGUAGUGCCUAAUAAGGAGACAUUACCAACAGGUGAAAUUUCACCUCAAAGUAAAACGUCACCAGUUGGUCCUACUGGUUUGCCUCAGGAUAUAAUCGAUGUCUAUGAAGAGUUUGAGAGACUGUAUGGCGAAGAGUCGAGUUACAUCUACCCUACGCCAGUUAGUACUGAAACACCACUACCUCAAUCUCCUGAACCUAGCAUGUCACUGCUGGAUUCGAGGUUUACAAAGACCACCACCGGACCAAUUUUUGCACCUCAAAAGACCAACCCUACAAGAAAGGCGCCGCCAAAAAUUGACGACGGAAUUCAACAUAUUUCCUCAGAUGGAUCUACUAAGCCGCAAGUGGGCUUGCCUACUUUGAAAACACAAGAAUUGUUAGAUAAGGAAAAGCAAGAAAAGUUAGAGGCAAAAAGAGCAAAGAGACGUGCAGAAAAAGCACAAUUGGCUGCAGCAAAAGCUGCUGGGUUCCAAUUCCCAAUGUUUUCAAGUGAUGUUCAGCAACCACCGCCACCACCACCACCACAACCUCUACCAUUUGACUUUAAUCUUACCUUGUCUGGUGAAGAAACCACUACUGCUUUUACUGUUCCUCCCUCUGCCCCUACUCAACCUAUCAAGUCAAUGUUAAUUGACUCUUUGCCUGAUUUGCCACAGCAAAAAUCAUCAAAUCGGGUUCAUGCCAAACGUGAACUGAAGGAUAAAGCGUUGCCUCCUAUUCAACUUGAACUGGAAAAUGUUGCAACUCACGUGACAGAUUUUGCAGAAGAGUCACAUCAACUCAGUACACAACCAGUACCAACAUUGCAGCCACCAAGACCAAAUAAUCCAAACAUAACUACAGGAUUCGUUUCUUCGCCCUAUGGCUCGCCGAUCCCUUCUCAUGAGCCUGAACAUGAACGUGAACAAGAACAUCUGCAAAUAUUUGAUAAUCAACAGUUUAGCACAUUUGUGGACUCUUCUGGUCGGUAUUCAGCACUGCCAGCUAUAACUCAAAACGAGACUGGCAAGUAUAACGAAAACCAAGGUGGACGUUUUGUACCUUCGCCGGUGGAUAUUCCUCCUGACUCACAUAAAGGUGAUGCUAGACAAGAAGCACGGCUUAAAAUCCCUGAGGUAGAACAAACUGCAAAUACAAAUGGUUCAACAUAUGCAAGAAAUUCAGACGAAGUUGCAAUGUCUCACUACCCCGAACUGGAUGAGCAUGUUAAACAACAGCAACAACAACAACAGCAGCAGCAGCAGCACGCGGCUAGCAGAUCUCCACAAAUUAUUCCUGCUUACGAACGCCAUUCAAGCAAGUCUCCGCAAAUGGGUAUGACAAACCCUAGAUCAAAGUCAACUUCUCCGGUACAUCCGUCAAUGCAACAUCAUAUGCAAGGACUGAUACCAAUGCAACAUGUGCAACAUAUGACACCCCAGCCUAUGCAUUCUGCGCAGAUGCAACCAACGCAACCAAUGCAGCCAAUGCAGCCAAUGCAAACACAACCUAUGCAGCCAAUGCAAACACAACCAUUGCAGCCUAUGCAGCCAAUGCAACCAAUGCCUCAAGGUGUGUACCAACCACAGAUGUACCCAUACUAUCAGCAACCAAUGUACCAGCAACCCGUGUACCAACCGCAAAUGGUUCCACCACAGCCAUACCCAGGGAAAGUACCGUAUCAGCAGCCAAUGUAUAACACACAGCUGCAGAUGCCUCUGCAUCCACCACACCCCACACAUGCACCUCAUGCGCCGCCAAUGCAGCCUAGAACAGGUGCUGCAAUGAACAUGGUGCCUGUUGGAGUCAAACAUAACAAGAAUAAAACUGCAAACAAGGCUAAUCUUCGUCAAGCUUUUGUCAAGGGCGAUUAUGGUAUAUAG